AGCAUGCAUUCAACCCAUACCUUUCAAGUUCAACGCCGGGACUUAAAGUCACGUAGCCCACCUUCCGAAGCUCACCGCUUGCUGCUUGCUGCUACAAUCGAUCGACAGGACCCAAACCUUAGUCCACCAAUUUGAUUUAAACGAUACGUGCAUUUGACCCAAUCUAAAACAGCACCAUGUUAUCAGACCAUGAAGUGCAGAUAGCAGACAGUGACUAUGGCAAGAACUAUGUCAAGUUACUUAAAGUACGCCGCGAGGGACGGGUACACCAUGUUCAGGAGUUGGAAAUCAACACGGCCUUGACACUGAGCUCAAAGAAAGACUAUCUAAGAGGUGACAACACUGAUGUCAUUGCGACUGAUUCACAGAAGAACACCUGUUAUAUUCUGGCUAAGCAGAAUGGGAUAGAUACCAUUGAGGUGUUUGCCCAGAUUUUAGCCAAUCACUUCUUGACCAAGUAUCCAUGGGUGGUUAAGGCAAAUAUCCAUAUAGAGCAGGCUCCUUGGAAGAGGAUACAGCAGGGAGGACGGGAACAUGUGCAUGCAUUCAUCUCUAGCCCUGAAUGCAUACGAUUCUGUGAUGUUAUACAGGAAAAACAUGGUGUUCCCAAGGUCAGCGCUGGAUUGAAGGGCAUGAAGAUUCUGAAAACCACUGCCUCUUCCUUUGUCAAUUUUGUGGAUGACGAGUAUCGCAUCUUGCCAGACAUGAAUGAUCGAAUCUUUUGCACUGUGGUUCAGGCAAAGUGGGAUUACAGCACAACUGAGGGGCUAGCUUAUUGUAAUUCAUGGUCUGCAGUAAAAAGUGCCAUCCUGGACAAAUUUGCUGGUCCUCCCGACCAAGGAUUGUUUUCUCCCUCUGUCCAGCAUACACUUUAUCUUGCUCAAAAGCAGGCUCUGUCCAAGGUCCCACAGAUCAGCCGUAUAGAAUUGGUGCUGCCAAAUGUGCACGCCUACAAAUUUGACUUCAGCAAGUUUACAAAAUUGGGAAUCACAGACAAUAAUGAAAUAUUCCAACCAGCUGACAAACCGUCAGGCAACAUACGUGCAGUACUAGAAAGAAAUGUCAAGUCUAGACUGUAGGAGAGAAAUGAAUGAAAAUUAACGUCGUCAAACUGCUGCUUGUAUAUUCAGGGAUAUUGUGAAGUCACCAUUUAAGAAUUUUUUGUGACCUCCAUACCAGAGGAUUUUGGAUUAGUCAUGAGCAGCGAUACUGUCAGUGAUAGUCAAGAACUUGUUUGUGAAUUUUAUGAAAAUGCAAUACAGAUAUGAUACAAAUAUCAAAGUCACGUACCUCAAGGGGUUCAACCCAUAAUUUUCUUCUUUCAGCUUUUAAGGAUCUGGUGCAUGCACAUGGAAUAGUUUAGCUGUAAUAGCAUCUUAUACAGUAAGACUUACAUUUAGAAAGGAAGCAUUUUGUGAGAGGUUUCAAAAAUUAAUCAAAAAUGCACAUUCAGAUUUGGUGUUUUUGGUUGAUUUGAGGAGUUUCACAGUAGGCAUUUAAUAUUUUAAAAAAUUGGAAAUACAAUCCAAAUGCAUUUAGUUUAAUGUUUAUUGUCCCUUUUGAAAAACUUUUCUUUUUACAUCAUGUAUUCUGCUGAACAGGUGAUGGUUUAAAAAGCUUAUCAUAAAAUGUGUAAGCAGCAUUUUAAUAUUACAUAGCAAUUAUAAAGUCAUAUUACAUAUUUCAUUAUUUGUGGAAUAUGGGCAAUUUUAAGAAAAUAUCAAAUAUAUUAGUACUAAUAAAGAGCAUUUAGAUAAUUAUACUGAAUGAUAUGCAAGUAUGGCAGCAGUUAUAUCAAAGAAUUCUGUGUAUACAAUAUCAACACUUUUUUUUUUUUUUUGGCCUGCAAAUUCAUUUUAAAUAAAAUUAAUAUAGCUCAAUCCUAAUUAAAUUUGCAAAACCUAUUUUUGUUAUCAUCAUAUAAGUCCUAUUCACACUGUUUUGGCCAAUAGAAAUGAAUCCUGUAAAUGGCCAUGUUAAGCAUUGGGAGUUCUGUUUCGAUCAUUCACUAGCGUAUGGCCAGACGGAGAAGUCGUCUAUCUCCAAUAAUGGUGGGAAAAAAGGAGAAGUGCAUCACACAGUGUGAAAAGGGCCCAAAUUGACUGUUGAAAUUAAUUCUCUUAGUUCGAGGUUGGGUCUUGAAAUUGUUGUUCUGUUGUCUCUAGACCUUGGUUCAUGUUGUUAUGUUUUUGUUUUAUUAGUUGUAAUUUUAGUCAUGAAGUCAUAAGAUAAUAUCAACAAUCUGCUAAGACUGUACUAUAUAUUAAUUAUAUUUUAGUUAUAUUGACUAUAUGGGCAUAUGUUUAGAAAAAUCUAGCCUUUGUGCACAUUUUAAACUUUUGUCAUACUUGUUUUGUCCAGAAAGAAAUUGUGGUCAGAUAAUUAAAGGAAAAAAUUUAGAAAAAGAAUUCAAUGGUCAUAAUAAUGUGAGACACAGUAGGAAUUUCACAAAAUUAAAUUAAUAAUGAAUUAAACAGAAGAAGCUAUUGUAUAUUAAUGACAUGUCAAAUUAAAAAAUUUUUGAAAAUGACUGAAUUUGUCCUAAAAAGUGUUAACUGUCCUGGGGAUGAACAGAUUACAUGUACCAACAACAGUUGGGUCAAGGUAUAAUAGGAAAUUAAUCUUGAAAACAUUUUGAAUGGAUGAAAAAUAAAGUGCCAAUGCAUUGAAGAAAGAAUUAUGGAAAUUA